CUCAGUUGGCUUCAUGGUGCGGCACCUGGGUAGCGGCGGCGCUGCUGCUCCCCCCGUAGGAGGACGGGAGCCGGCGCCGCCGCGGAGCGAGGAGGAGGAGGGUGCGAGACAGCACCGCCAGUGCCAGGCGGGCGCCAUGGAGGCGGCGGGCGCCCCGGAGCCCGGAGGCGGUGGCUGUAGCUGUUGCUCAUCCCGGCCGUGCUGCAGGCUCCCGUGGGCACGGAAGGCGCCCGGAACAAAGAAGAAAUUCACCUGCCCGGGACUUGGCCUGUUUUAUACCAUAUUAUCUGCCUUCCUUUUCUCAGUGGCUUCUUUAUUUCUUAAAAAAAUUGAAGAUGUACAUUCAGUGGAAAUCAGUGCAUUUCGAUGUGUUUUCCAAAUGGCAUUUGUUCUUCCUGGUUUAAUAUACUAUAAAACAGGGUUUUUGGGACCUAAAGGUAAACGAGUUUUUCUUUUCUUUCGAGGAUUCCUUGGCUCUGGUGCAAUGAUUCUUCUCUACUAUGCUUUCCAAGUAAUGCCUCUAGCUGAUGCCACUGUUAUAACUUUCAGCAGUCCAGUUUUUACAUCAUUAUUAGCUUGGAUAUUUCUCAAGGAGAAAUACAGCCUUUGGGAUCUUCUUUUCACCCUCUUUACAAUCACUGGAGUGGUGCUUAUUGCAAGACCGCCUUUUCUGUUUGGAUCCAGUAUUACAGGGAUUGAAGGAAACUAUACAAAUCAUCUUAAAGGAACAAUAGCUGCUGUUGUAAGUGCAGUAUCAACAGCUUCAACUUUUGUUAUAUUAAGAAAGAUGGGAAAAUCUGUGAGUUAUUUUUUGUCUAUUUGGUAUUAUGCAGUAAUUGGAUUAAUUGAAUGCAUUGUAGCACUGUUUGUAAUAGAUGAAUGGACUUUACCAUAUUGUGGUACAGAUAGACUUCUCCUAAUAUUAAUUGGACUGUUAGGGUUGGGGGGUCAGAUAUUUAUAACAAAAGCAUUACAGAUAGAGAAGGCUGGUCCUGUUGCCAUAAUGAAAACAAUGGAUGUGGUGUUCGCUUUUAUCUUACAGAUUCUUUUCCUCAAUCAUCUGCCGACUUGGUGGACAGUGGGUGGUGCCCUUUGUGUAGUAGCCAGUAGCUCUGGAACUGCCAUUCGUAAGUGGCAACACAAUUCAAAAAAGGCUAAAGAAAAUGAAAUCUAGCAAGUCAGACACUGUUUUAUUACAGAAACAAAGAUAAGCAUCAUAAUCUUGGAAAAAUAUAUUUUAUAGUAAGAUAUAUUUUAUUUAUUUAAAAUAUUUCAUUUAUUUAACUAUUACCAAAUUGUCCCCAAGAAAAGGAGUCAGAUGACUUUCAAGCAGCAUAGCAGAUGUUUUAACUAGCUGGUUCUGCCUAUGCUACUCAGUGUCAUACUGAGCAAGGCAUUGGUGUAUUUUCACAGAUCUUGCUGUCUCUGUUUCCUGAUUGCUAUUUUAAACAGGCAGUAACUAUCUACAGAAGCUUAUACUUUUCUUUCCCACAAACUAGUGUUGUUCCUUAAACAUUUUGGGCCUUAUUCUCCACUUCUCAUACUUUGUAUGGUCACUCAUCUUUAAAGUGGGAGUAAAAGUCUAUCAUUCUAAUGUUGUUGUUUGCAUUCACUUACUACAGGUAUAGCUGCAUAGAAUAGGAGCAAGGCAGUGGUAUCUAAUUAUUUUUUUCUUAAUUCUACACCAAGUUUUUUUAUUUUUAAUCUUACAAGUAUUUAGUGACAGUUUCAUGGAUACACUUGCUCCAAGAAGUUAGGGCCCCAUUCAGCAAAAAGAAACAACAACAAAAUAAUCUAGCUUCUGUACAACAGACAUGCGAGGCUAACUUUUAAUUUAAAGUGACUUUCCCAAUAGACUGUCACAUUUGAUUUACUACUACUUUAGUUGCUACAAUUUCAGUGAUUAAAGAAAAUGGUUGUUAUUAUAGCCCUUUGUUAAUUGACCAUUUCUUAUGCUACAAAAUGUUAUGCUGUAGUUGCACUAUUCUGAAAUCUAUGCAAAAAUAUAUUUUAUUUAUAUUUUUAGGUAUUUAAUUUAAAUUUCUCAAAAUGCUGUUCAACAAAUUUUUUAAUACUUUGUAUACAAAGUAUUUUUGUGAAAAAAGUUGCACUUUUCUUGGCUGUAGUUAUGUUGUUUUAAAGUUUUAUUGUAAAACCUCCCAUUUCUUGUUUCACUAGCUAAUGAAGGGUAUUUAGAGAUUCCACAAACAGCACUGAUUAGCCAGCGUCAUAGUGACAAAUAUACAAAAUGUACCCUGCACUCCUCACAUGUCGUCUUUAAUGUUUGAAGACUACUUUUUGAUAGCAAUGACUACGGUAAUAUUAAAAUAUAGAGUUCAGUUUCCCAGUUAUAUGGGCAGGAAGAGAAGAUCACUAUAAUACAUAGUGGUUUCCCAAAUGGAUUGUGAUCUACUGGUGGGUCUCAGUCCAAUAGAGUUUUAAGAUGGAUUUAAUUUUUGCUUUGGUGCCACCCCUUACACUGUGCCCUGUGGAGUUUUUCAGUCAUUUUACAUUGUUUCCUCUUUUCUGAAAGAGGAAAAUCUUUUAUACAAGAAUACAUCCUGUGUGUGGAAACAAACAUAAAAUAAUGGAUAUAGUCUUAUCUUGAUGCACAGAUAUUUAUACAUGUACCAUCACUUUCAUGAGAGAAAUUGUUAAACAACUGUUGCAUUCCACUCGGCGGUGGUUUAGGUGAAGUGAUUCCUGCAUGUAUAACACUAGUAAACUGCUUUAGGAUGCUUCUAGAAGAAAUGAGCCAUAUUUGUGUAAGAUUGCCUCAGAAUAUAUCCUGUGGGCUUGAGGCUGCUUUUGUUGAUGUCAGGAUCAAAACUCUAGGGAAAGGAAUUAAGGAAACUUUUUUUAAAAAGAUGAAAAUAUAACUGAUCCAGUUUCAACAAUACAGAAUCAUAAGUAUUAUGGAGGGUUGUCUCUUUUAGAAACGAUGUUGAAAAUGUUUGAAUCCUAUAUUGACCCUGAAUUAUUAUAAAUUGAUGCAUAUGAUUUAGUAGCCUGCAUUACCGAAGAAAGGUUAUGUUGUCUUAUUGUAUAUGAAUAUUUACUUAAGCAUAGAAAAUAUGCAGAUCUGAAGACAGUUUAUUGGUUUAGUAACUUUGGAACAAAUCUUUUUCUCAAGUUUUCUUGUUCAAACUUUCAUCUUAAAUGUAAUUUACUGUCUUUGGUAAAUGAGAUAUAGCUAGUCAGUCUUAAAACUGAAAUUUUCAUUAAUCCUUUGUUGGUAUCUGUUAGCAAACUGGCAAAGUAAUUUUUCUUUGUCCAAAGCUAUGAGAUUUCUUUGGGGUUCUCCAUGACCAUUCACACUCAUUACUCCCAAACUUUCUCACAAUAUUGCAUGUAUAGAAAGAAGGAAAACAAUAAACCUGGUUUUGCUAUCUGUUUGAACUAUACAUUUUUUUUGUUGUCCCAGAUGUUUUAGGGCAUGAUGAUGCAAGGUGUUGAGUAUCUGGAUAUGUGCAUCUCCCAAUGAAAUCAGUGGGAGUUGUAGGCAUUCACUAUCUUGCAAGAUAGGGCUUAUAUUGUGUUACUUUCUUUAUGAAUCAAGCUAAGCAAAUUUCUUUUAUAACACUUUUUGCUCUUUAAAAAGGGCAAUGCCUUCGUUUGUAUUUUAAAAAUCUUUUAGAUGGUGGUUGCUCAAACAACAUGGAGAGGAAGAGCUUCAUUAUAGUGAUAUAUAGUAGUGCUGAUAUAUUUAUUUGUCCUGUUUAUAAAGCAUGAUUUUAGGCAUCUACAGCUUGCCUUCCCAGAUUCAUUUUUAAUAGUGUAAAUAAUUUUAAAUAUUGUAUGGUUUUUGAAGCACCUCAAAACAGAUUUUUUAAAACCCAUUUCAGAUGCUUUUUUUCCUUCUCAAACUAUAGCUAAAAAGUUAAAUUUUAUGGACAGUUUUGAAGAAAAUCAUUAUGAAAUGGCUAAAAUAACUUCCUUAAAAUGCAGUAGCUGCUGAAAAUGCUUCUCUUUUAAUAAGUUAUACUGGGCAUUCAAAUAUCUGUUUUUCAGGCACUUAUACUGCAGACUUUAAAACUAUAUCAGGUUGAAACUUAGUUAUCAGGUAAUUUUUUUGGAUUUCAGGUGCUAUUUUGCCAGCCUCUAAAUUAGAAACAUGGCAUUAAUGUAUAACAUCUUUUAGUGUCCUUUAAAACGUUUUUAUUAAGUUGGACAAAUGUACUGUAUUUCUUAGGAAUUUUUUCUUAAGGAAUAUUAUGCAAUAUUACUGCGUACAAUUUUUAUCAUAUAAAAGUCUGUUGAAAUCAAUGGGACACUUGUAACCACUGAUUUCAGUAGCUCCUAAAUAGAAAAAAAUUAUAAAUAAAAUGUUGUCCUGCACAAAAAUGCAGGGUCAAAAGACUAAAUAUUUACUGGUGCAUUGACCGGAGCAUGUGCUAUUUUACUAAGCAAAAAUCAAAUGAAAUCAGCUGCUAUGACUUCAGUGGGACUUUACAACUUUAGAGCCUUACUUUCCUGAAUUAUACUCAAGGCUUGUGGCCCAAAAGUCUUCAUAUGGUGACUGUAAAGCAGGCCAACAUAUCCAGGGUUUAUUUGGUUGUGAAAAGCCCUAAAGAAAAUCCAACUUCUGCACCAGGGUUUUAAGAACGUGCGUAAGGAAGAAACGGGAUAUACAUGUAACUGAAAUCCCUGCAUACUAAACUCCCUGUCCAGUGUCUGGUUCUCUUUCCUCCUAGUAUCCUGGUGCUGCACAGGCUUUGGGAGUUACUGCACCAAUAGUGUUUGAGUAACCCCUUGUGUAGCACCAUUGAUGGGUGAUGUGAGUCCAAGCCAGUUAUGAGCUUUUUGCUGUCAAACUUUGUUAGAAUCAUGUUUUCCCACUUCCAAAUGCUCAAAUGUUGUUCUUCAAUAGAUAGAAGCUUCUUCCUCUGAUUACAUGUCAUGAUGAGAUGGACUUACCACUCUUGAUCACCAUUUGGUGGGAAGAAAUCUCUUGUUGAGCUUCGUUCAGGAACUGUCUGCUAGGGAAAUGUUAAUUUCUAGCUAGUCAGUCUCUUCAACAUUUCUCCCUUUGCUGACUGGCAUUUAGUCAGCCAGGAGAAUCUGUUUCCCAGCUCCAAGUUAGGGACUCCACUAAACAUGCAAGAUACAUCUCCAGCAUCGAUCCCGUAAGCACAAUUGGAUGCAGUCAUGGACUCUGGAAGGUGGUAGGGUUGGCAAUGCUGGUAGCAAGAGUGCAACAUUGAUUUUUGCCAUUACAUAGCUGCUAUCAAGAAAGUUAAGUCUCUUGACUGUCAGCAUGUCCAAAGAGGAGUGUGGUGGCUCUGUGAGCUUGCAGCUGGGGAAGGGAUUUUGCGGCUUGAUGUACCUCAGCACAUCAGUAUACAGGCCAUACUGUAUUGUCACUCAUACAAUUUAUUGGAGUGGGUAAUUUUAUAUACUACAUGAGGUACAGUUUCACAAAAAAUGGGCUAAAAAUCAGAUAUUCCUAGCACUAAUUGAAGAGUCUCUGUAUUUAUUAUGUAGUUAAAUGUCUGUGAAAUUGUACGUUUUGUAGAAGUUACUGUUUCUGGUGUCUACUGAUAUAUUUUUGAAAGAUGACUUUAAUUCCUGCAUCUUGAAAUGUUAAGAAUAUUUUCAU